CCCACGCCCGCGCCCACGCCCACGCCCACGCCCACGCCACCUUUACCUUGCACCGCUCCCUUUACCUUCCACCGCUCCCUUUGCCUUGCACCACUCCCUCCCUCGCCCAUACACACCGCCGAACAGCCGUCAUGGGUGACCCGCAGUUCGCCCAGUACCCGGACCUGCAGCUGGCGCAGAGUGUCUUCCAGCUCACCAAUCCCGCCGCGUCCAAGUCCGCCAAGCAGUCGUCGCUCAAGACGGUGCAGGAGGCCGUCCACGAGAACAAGAUGGCCCCGCUCUACCGCUAUCUCGCCCACCCAACAGAAGGCGUCCUGAAUGCGUCGGGCGAAGGCUCCGCAGACCAGCCCCCGACCCAGCGCAGACCGUCGGCCAGCAUGGCCAGCAUGCUCGCCACACGGAAUCCCUUGUUGCACGCACCGCUUUCGUGGGACGAGAAGCUGUACGAGAGCCUCAAGGCCGAGAACGAGAAGGAGCUCGAGGCGAUCCAGAAGGAGGAGGACGAGGCGGCGGAGAAGGCAGGCGAGACCGAAGUGCAGGCUGCGCGGGGCAAGCGGGCGGAGCUGUACAACCGCAUAGGAGACAAGGACAAAGCCAUCGCCAGCUACGAGGCCAUGUUCGAGAAGACGGGCAUCCUCGGCACCAAGAUCGACCUUGUCCUCGCCAUAAUACGCGUCGCGCUCUUCUUCGGCGACAAGGUGCUGGCAAAGAAGACGAUCGAGCGAGCGACCGCGCUGGUCGAGAGCGGCGGUGACUGGGACCGCAGGAACCGUCUCAAGGCGUACACCGGGCUGCAUCUGCUCACCGUCCGGUCACACGCGCAAGCCGCUCCCCUCCUCCUCGACAGCCUCUCCACAUUCACCAGCUACGAGCUGUGCAGCUACUCGAACCUCGUCGUCUACGCCAUCCUCGCCGGCUCCUCGUCGCUGAAGCGGGUAGACUUCAAAUCCAAGGUCGUAGACGCACCGGAGAUCAAGGCGAUUGUCGGCAGCGCGGAGGAGAAGCUGUCCGCUAUCACAGGGCAGACGUCAGCAGGACCGGCAGCCGGCGACGAGGAGAUGGCGGAUGCUUCAGGCUCCACAGCGACACCGAUCCCGACUGCUGUCAACCUGACAACGCUCGGCGGCCAGCAGGACAAGGAGGUAGCCGUGGACUUCUCACCGCUGUCCAAGCUCGUCAAGAGCCUGUACGAGGGCAACUACAAGAACUUUUUCACUGCCCUGGCCGAGGUCGAGACCAGCUUCCUCAGCCAGGACCGCUACCUCUUCGAGCACCGCGGCUGGUACGUGCGUGAGAUGAGGCUGCGGGGCUACCAGCAGCUGCUGCAGUCGUACCGCGUCGUCGGUCUCCAGAGCAUGGCGAACGACUUUGGCGUCACCGUCGACUUCCUCGACAAGGACCUCGCCAAGUUCAUCGCCGCCGACCGCAUCCCGUGCACCAUCGACCGCGUCAAGGGCAUCAUCGAGACCAACCGACCCGACGACAAGAACAAGCAGUACGCGGACGUGGUCAAGCAGGGCGACCAGCUCAUCACCAAGCUGCAGAAGUACGGCCAGGCCGUCAGGCUGAGGGGCAGCGAGCGCGGUUGAGCUUGCGACAGUAGUGGAGUGUAGUCACGAUGGGACAUGUGUAAUGAUCUGAACCCAGUAGACGUAGAGCCGCUCGGCAGACGAGUGGCUGGAUGAAGCCAAAAUGAACAACAUCAACGCUGUACUCUCGCACUCGCUGGCCAUCCAGUCACGUUCGGCAACCGUCGAGCGAAGCCUUGCAGAAUAUCACAAAAGCGUGCGACUACGCUAACGUCAGAGAAAAUGCAGAACGGCGACUUUCUUUGACCAAGGCGUGGGCAAGCUCACCAACGCGAGAGACCGCUCGCCCCUCCACUGUACUCUCGUCGUCUGCCCUGCCCCGCAUCCCCUUUCCUCUCAAACAGAUACAUGCAGGUGCUCC